UGAUGCACUACAUGCUUGUAUUUCUUGUGUGGUAUGUCCGAUAGGCCCGUUCCACGCUGGCCUUAGCUUUUUAUUUUUAUACUUGUGAUUUACUUUGCAGGCGUAGUCUCAAGAGUUUUCCGGUCGCGUAAACGCUUGUUAGCUUAUGGUUAGCUUUUAGCAUGCUAGGUGGGCCGUGAGGGGCCCUUCCCCUUCCACCUUCCGCGCUCAGCGCUCCCACCUAUCGGACACACUUCGACCCGCUCAGGCCCCCUAAAAUAUCCUCUUCGUUGAAAUUCAACUUGUUUGCUUCAGAGUGAAGCUAACAAGCGGCUCGGAGUAUUUUUGUUCCGGUGUAAGGAAGCGCGACACAUUGAAAGUGCGUCAGAAAAGUAGCUGCUAUUAUUCUUGCACUGGCGAUGGCGAGGCCGAGCCACAGCGACCACGUCCUUCAGCAGCUGAACAACCAGCGCGAGUGGGGCUUCCUGUGCGACUGCCUCAUCGCCAUCGGCGACAUCUACUUCCGGGCGCACAAGGCCGUGCUGGCGGCCUGCAGCUCCUACUUCCGGAUGAUGUUCAUCCGCGAGCAGCAGGGGGCGGCGCGCCUGGACCUCAGCGACAUGCAGAUCAGCGCAGAGUGCUUCGACCUCAUCCUGCAGCUCAUGUACCUGGGGCGCAUCGCGGCGGGCACGUUCGACUUCGAUGACCUCAAAGCGUCCAUGGUCUACCUGCAGAUGUACUACAUCCCGGACUCGCUGGAGGACCUGCGCGACAUCCGCAGCGGCUCCAACCUGACGCCGUCCUCGUCCGAAUGCUCUACAGCGGCCGCGUCAUCCGGCGGAAAGAUGUUGUUCGGAGUGCGCAUGUAUGAGCGGAAGAGGACGGCAGGCGCUCAAGAACCUGCCAAUGGUGUCAAAACCGUCAGCAGCUCUGCCAGGUACCUGGGGGGGCCACCCGUGAUUGAGGAGGCGUCGGGCGGCUCUGUCCACGGGGCGGCACUCCCAAGCGUGGACGCUGGACAUACGGCGGAGCAACCGUGUGAUCUGAGGAAGCGGAGCGCAGGAAGGAGCUCGACCCUGAGGGAACGCCCUCGCUUCGGCCGCACCUUCACCUGCGACGACUGCGGAUUCGUCUUCAGCUGCGAGAAGCUUCUGAUCGAGCACAUCCUUACCUGCACCAACCGCAAGACCUACGCACCUGCCUGCAGCCUGGACGGCGACAAUGACUCCGCCAAGGCAGAGAGUUCUGCUUCAGACAGCGCAGAAGACCACAGGAUGCUUGCUGACCUGGGCUCCGUCGCGGCGGGGCCCAGCGACGGGGCGGGAUCCGCAUGCGUCAAGACCAUCAAGACGGAACCCGGAGAAAGCCCGCACCCUGAGGACCGGGAGGCGGGGGGCGGUAACGGAGCACGUGUUGAUUGGGGGCCAGGUGACGAGAACUGCGAGGCGGCACCCGGCGUUUCCGGUGUGGAGAGGGCCGGCGAGCGGUGCGAGAGCGCCAUGUCAGGAAGCGACGCCUCUGCAACGUCGCCAGUCUUUUUCAAGGUGAAAGACGAGGAGAGCACAGAGGGCGCUCCGUGCGAACUGUGCGGGGCGCUGCUGAGCGAGGACGACAAGUCGGCCCACUACCUCUCCAGCCACCUGGGCCACAUCUGCGCAUGCGGACGCUGCGGCCAAGUGCUGAUCAAAGGCCGGCAGCUCCAGCAGCACGCUGAGCACUGCGGCGAGUCGGACGAGGCGGACGAGCCUCACGGCGCAGACGAUGGGCUCCUGGAGGGCGCCGACCUGGCCUGCCCUCACUGCGGCCUGCCCUUCGAGAGCGAGAGCCUGGCGCUGGAGCAUGCCCUCUCCUGUCCCCACGAGGCCGACCCGAUAAAGCCCGGCGGCCCCGAUCACCGGCGCAAGCACUUCUGCGCCAUCUGCGGCAAAGGCUUUUACCAGCGCUGCCACUUGCGCGAGCACUACACGGUGCACACCAAGGAGAAGCAGUUCACCUGCCAGACGUGCGGCAAGCGCUUCCUGCGCGAGCGCCAGCUGCGCUUGCACACGGACAUGCACCGCGGCGUGGCGCGCUAUGUGUGCCCUGUGUGCGACCAGGGCACAUUCCUCAAGCACGACCACGUGCGUCACAUGAUCUCGCACCUGGCGGUCGGGGAGACCAUCUGCCAGGUGUGCUUCCAGAUCUUCCCGGGUGGUGAGCAGCUGGAGGAGCACAUGGAUGUGCACCUGUACGUUUGUGGCGUGUGCGGUGACAAGUUCCGCCUCCGAAAGGACAUGCGCACGCACUACAACCUUAAGCACGCCAAGAGGCUGUAGCACGCACACGCAGCGCAUCCACAGACUCUGCAUGAGGAGGAAACAUACAGUGCUACAUUGACUUACGAGUUUAAUUCGUUCAGUGACCACGCUCAGAAAUCAAAUGCCUCGUAUCUCACAUCAUCUUUCCCCAUUAAAAUGAAUGGAAAUGCAGUUAAUCCGUUCCAACCCCCCAAAAAACAUCCCCAAUUAUUUUUUUUGUUUUUUUGUAAGGCCAAAAACAUGACCGUACGUAAUGUACUGUACGUCCUGUUGUUUUAUUGACAGUUGGCAAACCAGCUUAAUGGAACAUUAUUGCCACCAGCUGUGCACAACAAUUGUCCUUCCACUGCAAGGAAACCAAUGUGAACUGAUGGUGGCCAGAUGUUGUGAGGUGUGCUGGCGCCAUAUAGCGGUGGAGGGUCUGAAGUACACUUAAAUCUCAACUUUUGCACGUAUCAAUACAAAAGAAUUUAUCAAUUGGUGUAAGUCGAGGCACCACUGUAUACAAAGUGAAGUCAAGCAUAGGUGGCGCCAUGGUGGUCCCGAAUCAAAUUCUGCUGAGGGACCCAAAAAAGCUGGAGGCCGGCGACGACUUAUGCAAAAAAGACGGGUUUCCAUACAUUUUGAACCCCCAUCUUCCUCCUCUCCUGAUUGGUAGCCGUGUCGUCUGGGUUUUGACCCAGAUGUCGGAUGAAACGGGAUUCCUGCUGGAAUUGAAACUCGGGUUGCAGUGAUUCAUGAUGAGCGAUGAGGAUGAUGAUGGGGAUGUUUGUAGUGCUAUAUGCUGUACACAAAGCUUAAUCAAGUGAACUGAUACGAGUUGAGAACCUGUUCCGUUCUGCGUAAGGACUGAUUGGACCCUAACGCAAUGUUUAAUGUGUGUGUGUUUCCUUUAUCAACUACACACUUUGAAUAAAUAACUGCACACUUCACUUAAAUGUCUUUUGAUUUCACACCUGAACUUCGGAUGAGAAUAUCCACUUUAGGAUUACGUACCAGAGUUGAACAAACUUUAUUUUUUCUUUCAAAUAUUUGCGAACAAAGAUUAGAAUUGAAACAAAUGAUGAAACAUCUCAUUUAUCUCCUUAUUCAAACAUUACAGUUACCUGAGGACAGAGGUUCGAUCGCCGGCCCCGCCUGUGUGGAGUUUGCAUGUUCUCCCCAUGCCUGCGUGGGUUUUCUCCGGGCACUCCGGUUUCCUCCCACAUCCCAAAAACACGCGUGGUAAGUUGAUUGAAGACUCUAAAUUGCCCGUUGGUGUGAAUGUGAGUGCGAAUGGUUGUUUGUUUGUAUGUGCCCUGCAAGUGGCUGGCAACCAGUUCAGGGUGUACCCCGCCUCCUGCCCGAUGACAGCUGGGAUAGGCUCCAGCACUCCCGCGACCCUAGUGAGGAGAAGCGGCUCAGAAAAUUGAUGGAUGGAUGGCUAGCGAAAGGACAACAGCAGCGCGAUUGGCACAUCUUUGCAACAGUUCUGUGGUUUUGGGGUUCAAAUCUGGGCCCCAACUGGACGAACCCU